AUGGCUCGUCAACGCCGUGGUGCCGCCCCCACUGCGCGCAGUGCUCCUACCAGACCUACCGCCGCUCCCGCCAGACCGGCUACUGCUCCGCAAGCCCAGCAGCACCAGCCUCACUCGACGUCUGCUCACCCUCCCGCACAGCAGGCACCUCCUCCUGUUGCCCCGGUGCAGCAGAGCUCCGGCCCGGGACUCUUUGGCCAGAUGGCAUCGACCGCAGCUGGUGUCGCAAUCGGUUCCUCCAUCGGCCAUGCCGUCGGUGGCCUCUUCAGCGGUGGCUCUAGUGCUCCUGCCGAGGCUCAACAGGCGCCUCCUGCUCAGGCCCAGCCCAUGGACAACGGUCUGUGGCAGAGCAACGCCGCAAAUACCUCUUGGGAAAACUCUGCGUGCGCAACUGAUAUCCGGAACUUCCGUAACUGCAUGGAUGAGAACAAGGGUGACAUGACUAUUUGCGGAUGGUAUCUUGACCAGCUGAAAGCUUGCCAGGCUGCGGCGAAGCCGUACUAA